AGAGAUUGCUAACACCAUGGGCACCAAUUCUCUCCUCCUCUGCGUCUUCGUUCUCGUCGCUUCGUCGUCGGCCUUCACCGUUCUAUCCCUCGGGGACGACGGCACGGCGUCGGUGUUGCCGUGCUUGAGCGAGCUGAUGCCGUGCACGCCGUACCUGCACGCGGAGAAGCCGCCCGCGGUGUGCUGCAUGCCGCUGAAGAUCGCGCUCGACACCGAGGCCCCCUGCCUCUGCAAGCUCUUCGACGACCAGGCGCUCCUCGGGACAUUCAACGUCACCCAGUCUGAUAUGCUCCACUUUCCCCAGAAAUGCGGCCACGCCCCGCCCGACCUCAGCCUUUGCAAGAACUCCGCAGGUACAGUACCUCCUCCUCCUCCUCCGGGAGCGCCGUCAACAAAACCACCUCCAGCGUCUCCGAAUGGGUCAUCUUCAAGUAGUGAAAGCCUCAGAAAAAGCAUGCAAAUUGUGGCGGCUUUUGUAUUUGGUGGGGUGGUUUCUGUUACACUACUUCAGAUUUAAAUAUCAUCUGCUCACAUUUUUAACUAGGUUGUAGUUUGCAUUAGAACACUCCGCGAACCUUUUUUUUUUAUUAACUGUUGUUUGUUUAUAUUUAUUG